GCAAAAUUGAGUUUCGUUAUUUCAAGAAUCGAAACCUAAAACCUCAAUUCUCUGGGAAAUUUCAAAGACUCAUCUUCGUCUCCUCUCAUUUCGAACCAAGAGAGAUAGUCAAGAAGCACAUAUCAAAAAUGGAGAGUGAUAGCGAGAGCGAGGGAGAGAGCAGUGAACAUAAGACCACUACUUCAGUGGUACCCAGAGGUGGCCCCAUUUAUCUGCCAAACAUGGUUGGAAAUAUUUCUACCGUCCCUGAAUUCAAGUCUUCAUUUCUCAAUGUACUACAGGAUUUGGAAACUCAUUUAUCUCUGGAGUCUACUUCCUCUUUUCAGCAAUUUGAUGUCUCAACUGAUUCUCUCAAGAUUUAUACGGAGGAGGAACUCACUCAGAUGGCUAUGAAGGAAGCCUUUCCGGAAGAUUACGUUUCCCAAAAGGAGCUCAAACAAUCUUUAGACGCUUCUCAUCAUGAAAAUCCAUCAGCUGGGAGGGCAAAGAGGAAGAGGACAGUAAAUAAUACUGAGGUAAAGAAGAGGACAGAAAAGAAGAUUGAGUUAAAGAAGAGGACAGAAAAGAAGACUGAGGAAGCUUAUCUUGCCAAAGUCGAGCAGCUUGCUAAACUCAAACAAAAGCAGGAGGAGGAUAAAGCAGCUGUGACACUGCACUGCUUCAGCAAGACUUGUGAGACUGGUAAAGAUGUUGCUGCACCUCCAGAAGGCUUUGAGCAGAUGCAAUCUCUUAGUAUUAUCUUCUUCCUAUUUAAACAGCUGGUGAAGCCAUCGGACAUCCAGGGACAUGUGGAUCCGCUAUUUCCUGAAGUCAUUUUGUGUGUUGAGAUUUAUAACAGUCGCAAGGUUAAGACCCAAGAAUUUUUGGUUCUAGGACGUCAAAUGUUGACUGAAUUGAAGGACAACAUUCACUGUGCUACAGACCAGGUGAUGAAAAAGGCUGGGAAGUAUGAUCCCUCUGGAUACUUCCUCAUAGAAGAUGUCUUUCACAAUGAUUUAAGGAAUCCCUCGGCUAAAGAUUACAGCUAUCCUAUUUUAGAUUGGCUUUGGAACUCGAAAGAUGAGGCUCUUAAAAAAUGGGACUGCGUUUUAACUGGCGAAUUACAUAAAAAGCAGAAACUGGUUCUCGGUGAAGCGAAAUCUGUGGAUUUACCUCGCUACGGAACUGCAGAUAUGCAGAGUACACGGUUCUGUGAUAUAAGAUUCAGAGUCGGAGCUAAUUAUCUCUAUUGUCAUCAGGGAGAUUGCAAGCACACGAUUGUGAUUCGAGACAUGAGGCUGAGUCAUCCAGAGGACGUUCAGAGUAGAACGGCUUACCCGAUCAUGUUUCGGCCGAAACGUAGGCUUCAGAAAUGCGGUGUUUGCAAGAUAAAGAGAGCUUCAAAGGUUGCAGUGGAUGACAAGUGGGCCAACGAGAACACUUGCUAUUUCUGUGAUGUUUGUUUUGAGCUUCUACACUCAGAGGAAGGCCCACUUAACCGUGACUUCCCAGUUAAACUUUGUAAUAAACCGAAUAACAAGGUUUCAUUCUCAAGAGGAGAAAAUGGCGACCGAUGGGGAGUCAAUUACGUUGGCGGAGUACUCCCGUUAGUGGCGGAAUCCGAAAAGAUGGGAGCAUAUAGAGCAGAAGAUGAUUACGAUUACCUCUUCAAGGUGGUCUUAACCGGGGAUUCCGGCGUCGGAAAAUCUAAUUUGUUAUCUCGUUUCACCAGAAAUGAUUUCAGCCACGACUCACGUGCGACCAUCGGUGUCGAAUUCGCCACCCGUAGCAUCCAAUGCGAUGAUAAGAUUGUUAAGGCUCAAAUCUGGGAUACCGCCGGCCAAGAAAGGUACCGAGCCAUCACGAGCGCUUAUUACCGAGGAGCCGUUGGUGCAUUACUUGUUUAUGACGUGACACGUCACGUGACAUUUGAGAACGUUGAAAGAUGGCUCAAGGAGCUAAGGGACCACACGGACGCAAACAUUGUGAUUAUGCUCGUUGGUAACAAAGCUGAUCUUCGUCACCUUCGAGCCAUCUCAACUGAAGAAGCUAAGGCUUUUGCAGAGAGAGAGAAUACCUUUUUCAUGGAGACAUCUGCACUUGAAGCUGUGAAUGUUGAUAAUGCUUUCACCGAAGUUCUCACUCAGAUUUACAGAGUUGUUAGCAAGAAGGCUCUUGAAGCUGGAGAUGAUCCAACCACCGCUUUGCCUAAAGGACAAAUGAUUAAUGUUGGAAGCCGAGAUGAUAUCUCAGCCGUUAAGAAACCCGGUUGCUGCUCUGCAUAGACACUUCUCACUUUUUUCUUGUAUUUUUUAUCAUUCAACAUUAACAUUUUUCACUAUUUUCCUGCAAAUUUGUAUACAUUCCUGGAAUUAUCAAACAAACAAGGUUCAAACUCAAGUUUUUUUCUUUCGUUUCUACUCUCUACAACCGCUUGCUUCGUGCUCUCUCUGAUUCUAACGAUUGAUCAUUGAUGUACUUCGUAAUGUACAUGAAGAUGUUCCAUUGUUGACGCACCAUCUCGCGUCUUAUGCUGCUUUCCCCUCAUCUGCAAAUAGAGGUUAAAACAGCCU